AAAAAAAAAAAAAAAAAAAAAAAAAAAAAAGAAGCAAAAGGAAAAAAUUAGGGUUAGGGUUUGGGGUUUUUUUUGUUUUUUUUUUUGUAUACGAACCGGUUGGAUUCGAUCGCGGUGGAAGUGGGUUUAGGGUUAGGGUUUUUGGGUAUGGCGGGGGGGACGGGGAGCAGGAGCAAGGAGGCGAUGAUGGCGAUGGAUCGGAUCAAGGGGCCGUGGAGCCCGGAGGAGGACGAGCUGCUGCAGCGGCUGGUGCAGGAGCACGGGGCGAGGAACUGGUCGCUGAUCAGCAAAUCCAUACCUGGGAGGUCGGGGAAGUCGUGCCGGUUGCGGUGGUGCAACCAGCUCUCGCCGCAGGUGGAGCACCGCCCCUUCACGCCCGAGGAGGACGAGACCAUCCUCCGCGCCCACCACCACCACGGCAACAAGUGGGCCACCAUCGCCCGCCUCCUCUCCGGCCGCACCGACAACGCCGUCAAGAACCACUGGAACUCCACCCUCAAGCGCAAGCUCUCCCCCUCCGACGAUCGCCGCUCCGCCGGCGCCGGAGCCGCCGCGGCGGAUAGGGACGAGGCGGCGGCGCGGCCGCUGAAGCGCGCGAGCAGCGUCGGGCCCGUGCUCUCCUCGGGCCUCUGCUUCAGCCCCGGGAGCCCCGCGGGGUCCGACCUCAGCGACUCGAGCCACCACAGCCAUCCCGCCGCCGCGCAGCUCUACCGCGCCUCCACCGCGCCCUCCGCCUCCCUCCACCCGAUCGCCGCCGCCGCCGACGACCCCGCCACCUCCCUCACCCUCAGCCUUCCCGGCUCCUACCAGGGCGACGCCGCGCCGGCGCCGUCGCCGGCGCCGGCGCCGCCUCCGCCGAGCGCCGCAGCCGCGACGGAGUCGCCGUCGCCGUCGCCGUCGCCUUUCCAGUUCAGCUCCGAGUUCGUCUCGCUGAUGCAGGAGAUGAUCCGCGACGAGGUGCGGAGCUACAUGCUCGGCCUCGAGAAUAGCGGCGCCGCCGCGAAGCGGAUCGGCGUCGCGAAGUUCGACUAGGGCUAGGGUUUCGAAGAAACGAAGAAGGAGGAGGCACGAUGUGCAGUAGAGGACGGCUUCUACCUUAUAUCUCUUAUUAGGAUUUUUUUUUUUUUUUUCCCGUUUAUUUAAGUCUCUUCUCAAUCAAUCUCCUCUUCUCUUUCCCUCUCCUCCUUCAGGGAGUUCAAAAUUUCUUCUCACAACACCAAUAAGUUGGUUGGUUUGUUUUUUGUACAGAAGAGAAAUCUAGAGAUCGCUCGGAUCUAACAAAAAAAAAGAAAAAAGAAGAGAAACUAUUUGAUGCAAUUUGUUUUUCUUUCAUCUUGUAGGUUGUGUUUGUGUGUUCUUCUUAAGUUAUUAUUCCUUCUCUUUU